AUGUGUAAAGAAAUGAGAGCAAUGAGAAUGCUGCUGUUUGGAAGUCUACUGCUGCUCUGUGAAGAGCUGCUGAUUUUCGCCUCCGAUUCUCUUCCUAAUGAUAUUACCACAGGGUUUGCAGUUGAUCUCUACCAUGCCAUUCGUUCAGUGCAGAAGAACCAAAAUCUUAUUUGUUCACCAAUGUCCAUCAGUCUGGGCUUAGCGAUGGUUGAACUGGGUGCCAAAGGAACCACUUUGCAACAGUUAAGACAAGGUCUACAUUUUGAUAAAGCAGAAGAAGGAAAAGAAUUUUCUAUGUUGAAAAAACAAUCUAAAAUCAUCUCUACUAGUAGUAGGCAAAACAAGCUAAAACUUGCCAACGCAAUUUACAUUCAGGAUGGAUUCAGCGUGACUGAACAAUAUCUCCACAGCAGCCAGGAAUUCUUUGAUAAUGCUGUACGAAAGGUGAAUUUUCAAGAUUCUGUUUCUGCUGCCAACAUUAUCAAUGCAUGGAUAUCUAAUCAGACCAGUCGUAAAGUCAAAAACUUGGUUACAAGUCAAUCUUUCAACUCUUUCACAAAGCUAGUUUUAGUUAAUGCCAUUUACUUCAAGGGAACAUGGAAACAUAAAUUUAAUCCAGACAACACCAGACUAAUGGAGUUUACCAAGCAAGAUGGCUCUGUAGCUGAGGUACCGAUGAUGCACCAACUAGUGAUGAGCAGAUUUGACUAUUUUACAGCUGGUAAUGUCAAUUAUCAGGUUUUAGAAAUGCCUUACAGUGGAGACGAGGCCAGCAUAAUCCUGGCACUACCAGCAGAAGGAAUUGAUUUAACUGAGUUGGAAAAAGUUAUUACACCACAGAUUAUCCAAAAUUGGCUUUCCACAAUGGCAGAAGAAUUCAUUGAGAUUAAUCUUCCAAGGUUUAAAAUCCAGCAAAAGUUAGAUUUGAAAGAACCAUUUGAAUUCCUCAAUAUCACAGAAAUAUUUGAAAAUGGAAGUGAUCUUUCUGGGAUUGCAGAUUCAUCCGACCUGCACAUUUCUCAAGCAGUCCACCAAGCAUUUAUUGAAAUAAAUGAAGGAGGGAGUGAAGCAGCAGCUUCAACAGGUAUGACAGCAGCAAUCAUGAGUCUUCCUCAACAUCAAUUUAUAGCUAAUCGUCCAUUUGUGUUUCUUAUAUGGAGCAAAUUGACAGGUUCAGUUUUAUUUAUGGGAAGAGUAAUGGACCCAGAGGUGAUGAAUUUCAAUGGGAGAGAUAAGGAUGCACUGUAA